AUGAAGGGUGGCUUGUGUGUUAUUUACACGUCGUUACUGACAAUUUCUGUUUUAUCAAGCUGUGCCCUCUUCAUUUUGGUGGUAUCAGAAGCUUUGCAAGCCGAAGAUGGCCAUGCCGACCUGUCUGGUCUUAGCAACGUCAGCCAGAAGGUGACAGCUAUUGAAAAAGAAGUAAUCCCUGAAACCAUAGCUGAUGACACCAAAAAUGAACCAAAUACCAAAGAUAAGGACCAACCUGAAGAGCAUGAGGUGAUAUUUGCUGAAUCGCUGUCAGUGAACUCGGUGACAACUGAUGGGUGA